AUGCUCCGUCGUUUUUUAUUGUUUUGGUGCAGAACAGUCUUAGGAUUCUGUUCUGUCCGUGGAAGAUACGACGGCAGGGCGCAUGCCUUCCAUCGAACAGCAGCGCAGACAUCCUCUUCGUUACUCGCCUUGUCAUGCACGUCUCUGCUCAUUCCCACUGUUUUUGUCGCUACCAUCCAUGAGGCCGACCAGACACAUGCCAUUCGGCGCCUUUCAACGAAAACGACAAUGAUGCGGCCAGACUCAGUGCUUCCACUCUGGUUGGAUGCCGUCGUACUUGUGGUGGUUACAGUCGCGGUAGCGUUCUGCGCAGAUUAUCUCGUCGCGUCCAUUAUGGGUCUCUCAGACUCAUGGAAUAUCACCCCGACCUUUAUCGGACUCAGUCUACUGCCCAUUGUCGGUGGCGUGGCAAAGAACAUCUUCGAGCAGAUGAUAGCAAUUCGGAUGGCAAUUGAGACCCGAAUGGACCUGAUGAUAGGUGUCGCUAUCGGCACAACGAUGCAGAUCGCCCUAUUCAUUGUGCUCCUAAUGGCCAUUAACGAUUGGAUCAUCCAUGAGCCCAUGGCGCUGUUCUUCGGUACAUUCGAGACAUGUAUCCUAUUCAUCUCUGCCCUCGUUGUCGACUACUUAAUCCAGGGCGGCAAGUCCAACUGGUUUACGGGAGUUAUGCUUUUGAACACGUACGUGAUCAUUGUUAUCGCGUUCUACUUUUAUAAUGCACCCGCUUAA